GAAAAUAAAUUUCUGCUGAUUAAUCAAUACAUUUACAUGUAGCUUUAUGCUAUUGUAUAAGGGUUGGUCUACUUUCAUUUUCGACUUGACUCCGUUUUGAACACAUUAGCAUGAGCACAAAUUCAAAAACAUUGUUAUGCAUACUCCCAAACUGCAAGGAAGGUUUACUGAAAGGGAUAAAGAACAGGCAGUUUUUAGAUGAUGUACUGCUGGAAAUGUUUAAUGACUGUUGCACAGCAUUUUAUAUUGGAGAUUUUGUUUCUGCCAUAGAGCUGUGUAAACCUGUGUUAGAUUAUACUUGGGAGAAAUUAAACACUGGAUACUGGAAAGAUGUGGAUGUUAACUGGAGAUAUUUGUAUACAUUAGGGUCAGCUGUUUUGAGCAUCUGCAAAUAUAUUACUGAUACCAGAUCUGACAUGGAUGAGGAUUUGUACAGAGAUAUAACAAAGACAAUUGAUACAGGGAUUUUGAUGGGGGCACCUGUCUUUGAUAAUGUUCUUGACCGGUUGAUGCAUGCAUUUAGUGAUAUCUAUAAGAACUCUGUAAAGUCAGUGACAGUCAACAAAAGAAAGUUAAUAGACGAGGGCAAACAUAUAGAUGCAAAGACUAAAAAAGCUUUUCCCUCUGCAGCUGGAAGUGAAAAAAUUAUUAUCAACAGUGAUAAGGAGAUCAAAAGGUGCUAUCGUCCUUCUCUGGAAACUUUUAAACAUCAGUAUUUGGAUAAUCAUACAGCUGUGAUUUUGACUGGACUGAUGGAUCACUGGCCAGCAGUCAAUGGAUCCAAAUCCUGGAGUCUAGAUAGGAUCCGGUCCAUGGCUGGACAUCGCUUAGUUCCAGUAGAAAUAGGUUCAAAGUACACAGAAGAGAAUUGGACCCAGAGUCUGAUGACAGUAAGUGAAUUCAUUGAAAAGUUCAUUAACAAUUCUUCUGGAUGCACUUCAACUGGAUAUCUGGCACAGCACCAGCUAUUUGAUCAGAUACCAGAGAUGAGAGAGGAUAUCAUUAUACCAGAUUAUUGUUGCUUGGGGUCAGAGGAUGAGGUUGACAUUAAUGCUUGGUUUGGUCCCCAAGGAACUGUGUCCCCAUUACACCAGGACCCAAAAGAAAACUUUCUAACACAAGUAUUUGGGGAAAAGUAUAUUCGCCUUUACUCUACAGAUUUCACAAAACAUGUGUAUCCCCAUGAAACCAUGCUACUGAAAAAUACAAGUCAGGUGGACAUUGAAAACCCCGACUUUGAAAGGUUUCCAUUGUUUAGGAAUGCUUCCUACUCAGAAUGCAUUCUCAAGGCGGGAGAAAUGUUGUAUAUUCCCAAAGAGCACUGGCAUUUUGUUAAAUCUUUAUCAAUUAGUUUUUCCGUGAGUUUUUGGUGGAAAUAAAUAUUAUUUUACACUGAAACAUCCAACAGAUUUGUGUAAUUGUCAUUGGUUGAAGCGAGCUUAAGGAGACUGUGUGGUGACAGCC